CCGGUUUACGUAAUGACGUCGAGGUUGGACCGGCUCCUCCUCCUGCUCGAUACGGGGUCUUCUGCGUCCGUGAGGACCACUGCUGCCAAACAACUAGCUCAACUUGCCGCGAAGAGCGUCAUCAGCGACGUCGCAAUCGUCGAGGACGAUGUAAAGACCAACAGACACCAUGCGGCCGUCGGCGAUCCCUCCGGGUGGUCGGAGCUGAUGGCCGUUUUGGCAAGAAUUCUUCCAUACCUGCACUCCCGAUCACACGAGACACGCACGGCAGCCUCCACUGCGCUCUCACAGAUAUUCUCACUCGUCCCGCUCUGGACGCCCGGUCCAGGCGCGGAGGCGAAACCCUACGGUGCAUCUCUCACACUACCCGCACCGGAGUUCCCGUCCUUCUCCGUGCGCGAGCUCAUGGAGAAGGGCACGCUGCUCCUCGCCUCCUCCGGCAAGGAGUUCAUCAAGCCGACAGGCAUUCUCGCGAACUCGAACGAAGUUAAGAAAGCGCGGAGGGAGGCUAUGGGGCGCCUCGGUCUCGACUUCCUCGAGAGCGUCGGCGGCGCGGACGACAUGGACCUCGACAAGGAGCUCGCCGCAGAGGACGCAGAUCCGGACGUCGAGAUGGCUCCGCCGACGAGUCCUGCAGUGAAGAGUGAGGACGAGUCCGUGCCCAUCUCGCCAAUCGAAGAGCCUGUCGACGUUAAGGUUAAGAAGGAGGAGGCGAUGGCUGGACGGUCGAAGUCGUCGACGCCCGCCGCACCUUCACUCACCACGACACCCGCGCCGGAGGACAUGUCAGCGCUAUCCGCAAGAGAGCGCAAUCGACUGAAGCGCAAGCGGAAACCGGGGAAUGCGGCCGUCGUCGCCGCUCCUCCGCCGUCUCAGGGCGCCAACGCGAAGUUUCAGGCUGCGUCCGCAGGACCAGCGAAAGCUCGUCUGGUUGUCAACGGCGAUAAGUCUGCGCCCAAACGUACAGACAGCCCUAAGUCGCCAACGGAUGGUCCUGCGCCGGACCGUGUCGUCGUCGACCCGUCAAAGGGCGGCGCCGUCGCGCCCAAGACGGAGAGCAAGUCGAAGGCGCUCGAGGUUCAGCCUGGGUGCUGGGUCUGGGAUGGCCUGGUCAAGCUGCUUGAGGUCGAUUUGUUCAGUGCAGCUUGGGAAGUACGUCAUGGUGCCGCCAUGGCGCUACGAGAGCUACUGAAGGUGCAAGGGAAGUACGGCGGCAUGAGAGCGGGCGACAUCGAGUGGGACGAGAACCUCGUCGCUCACGAGAAGUGGUGCAAUGAUCUCGCUGUGAGGUUCUUGUGCAUCUUCGUUCUCGACCGCUUUGGAGACUUCGUCUCUGAUCAGGUCGUAGCGCCGGUGCGCGAAACGGUCUCACAGACCCUCGCCUCCCUCCUUCUCCACAUGCCGCGCCGAUCAGUGCUACAUGUCCACAACGUCCUGCUUCAGAUGAUCCGCCAGGACUUCCCUAUCCCCGUUAAACCCACGAACGGGAAGACGAAGGACGCUCAUGCAGAGAAAGGCCACGUCUGGGAAGUCCGUCAUGCCGGACUUCUCGGCAUCAAAUAUGAGGUCGCUGUCCGCAGUGACCUUGUCAGCAUGGAUAUCCCGGAAGACGACGACAUGGAGAUUGAUGACGGGAAGGAGGUCCUGAGGGGCGUGGUCGAUGCUGCGGUCCUCGGUCUAGGAGAUCGGGACGACGAUGUGCGAUCCGUUGCGUCGUCGUGUUUGCUACCUGUAGCGGCCUACCUCGUCAGGCGGUUACCGGAGGAACUCCCACGAGUACUUGCCGUUCUCUGGAGCUGUCUAAGAGACAUGAAGGACGAUUUGAGUUCGAGCGUUGGUGCGGUAAUGGAUCUCUUAGGCCAACUAGUCGCAUACCCCCACGUCAUUGAGAUCAUUGCGGACGAGUCGCGGUCACAUCCCAUCACCACUCUUGCGCCCACGUUAUUCCCGUUCUUCCGGCACACGAUCGCGAACGUACGCUUGGCCGUCGUCAAGACCUUGCACACAUUCAUGACUGUGGAGCAUCUGUCGCGAGCGUGGAUCACCGUGCCGUUCCUGCGCCUGCUGUUCCAGAAUCUGGUUGUGGAGGAACGUCUGGACAUUCGCCAGGCGACCCUCGCCACAUGGCGCGAGACGCUCUCCAUCCUCAGCUCAACACCAGGGUGGAUGGAGUCUUGCGUCACGCAACCAAUCCUUUUGGAGUGGUAUGCGGUGCUGAUGACACCACUCGGGUUACCUUUGGAUGCGUCCAGCUUCUACGACCCUACCGUCGGUACCGACAGCGGUGGACCAUCAGAGCGCCAUAACGUCGACAAGAACAUGCUUGCGCAGGAUCUUUCCCUCAUCACCAUCGAGGUCGUGAUUCAAGCCAGGCUAGCUGCCUCCUCUGCGUUGGCGUACAUUAUUGCCUUCUGGCCGCUCACGAGCGAGCAAUCCUUCUCGGUCGACGAGAUGUUCAAGCCGAUCCUGACCCACUACAUCGACUCCGCCAGCAUGCUUCAGAAGUUCCUCGCAGCAAUCAUCUCCGAGUGCUGGGCGCGCGAGUACGACACGCGCGCCGCCCCCGGCGCCCCGCUGCUCAUCCAGGCCUCCCCGCUCGCCCUCGAGCUCUCGGAGAAGACGCUCGCGUGGCUGCAGGCGGACCCGCCAGCUGCGUACCACGAGAUGGCGCUGACGCUCGCGCGCAUCCACGGCGAGUGCCUGAACCUGCUGCAGUCGUUCGCGUACGACUGCAAGCUCCCGCAAGCGGCGAUCCCGCUGCUCGGGACGGACAUCGACGUGACGGGCACGAAGCCGGGCUGUUUCACGAUCGACACCGCGCACGCGGCGAUCGGGGACAUGUUCACCAAGCUCAAGGACAGCCUGGGGCGCACGAAGAAGCGCGAGCUUGCGAUCAUCAAGGAGAAGCGGCUCAAGGUUGUGUCGAGCAUCGAGCGCUAUAUUGAGGUGAAGGCGCAGUAUGACGUGCGCGUCUCCGCGGCGUUUGCGGCUGCGUUCGUUGCGUUCAAGAGUACGCCCGACAAGGUCAGCCCGAUCGUGAAGGGCAUCAUGAACAGCAUCAAGACCGAGGAGAACCUCGACUUGCAGACGCACUCGGCGGCGGCUGUAGCGCUCUUCGUCGAGUUCUGCGUUCAGCGCGACCUCGGCCAACCUCCGGACAAGAUUGUCAAGAACCUCUGCACGUUCCUGUGCCAAGAUGUCGAACAGACGCCUACUUUCUUGUACAACAGGAAGAUCCUCGAUGGCGUCUUGUCAUUCACGAAGCCAUCCUCUGCCUCUGCGGCUGCUAGCAACGGCAAGGACGGCGGUGACAAGCACGGCGAAGACCCUGCGAAGGCGCGGUUGUCGCGUCGCGGUGCGAGGCUCGCUUUCGAGAAGCUCUCUGCCAAGUUUGGUCCGCGGUUGUUACAGGCUGUACCCAAGAUGUGGCAGUCCAUGGCCGGAGGUCUGCUCAGCGCGUGCGCUACAGACUCCGUGAAGAAGAUGGACGAGCUGCUCGAGAAGCAGCAUGGGCAGGAUGUGAUCGACUCCCUGAGCGUGCUCGAGGCCGUCGUCCCUACCUUCCACGAGGAGCUUUCGCACCAUUUCACGGAGCUCUUCCCGCACGUCGUCCUGGCUCUUAGGAGUCGGUUCGCCAUCAUACGGCAGUCGGCAGCGCGGUGCUUCUCGACCAUGUGCGACGUCUUGACCAUGGAUGCCAUGCGCUACGUGAUCGAACAGGUAGUACCCUUCCUUGGUGACGCGUCGGUUCUAUCGAAUCGCCAGGGUGCCAUCGAGUUGAUAUACCACAUCGUCCAGAAGCUCGACAUCAAGGCGUUACCGUAUGUCAUAUUCAUGGUAGUACCCGUCCUAGGGCGGAUGAGCGAUCCCGACGAUGACGUCCGCGCCACCGCGACGAACACGUUCGCUUCGCUGGUCAAGAUGGUUCCGCUAGAGGCUGGCCUUCCUGAUCCCACCAACUUCCCAGAGGACCUGCUCAAACGACGCGAGGAGGAGCGGCAGUUCCUCACACAGCUCCUUGACGGGAGCAAGGUGCAACAGUACGACAUCCCCGUUGCGAUCAAGGCGGAGCUGCGCAAGUACCAGCAGGAGGGUGUCAACUGGCUUGCAUUCCUGGCGAAGUACCAGUUGCACGGCAUCCUGUGUGAUGACAUGGGUCUCGGCAAGACGCUCCAGUCGAUUUGCAUCCUGGCUGGCAAGCACUAUGAGCGAGCGCAGAGGUACAAGGAGACCAAAGCCCCCGACUCCAAGCACCUACCUUCACUCAUCGUGUGCCCACCGACGCUCACGGGUCAUUGGUACUAUGAGAUCCUGAAGUACGCGGAGAACUUGAAGCCGGUCCUCUACACCGGGAACUCUCGUGAACGGAACAAGCUCCUGCCCAAGCUGAAGUCCUACGAUAUCGUGGUUACUUCGUAUGAGGUCGUCAGGAACGACGUCGCGAGCCUGCAGGACAUCAACUGGCACUACUGCGUCCUCGAUGAAGGUCACAUCAUCAAGAACGCGAAGACUAAGUUGACGAAGGCCGUCAAGUGCAUCAAGGCCGUACAUCGUCUCAUCCUCUCCGGUACUCCUAUCCAGAACAACGUCCUGGAGUUGUGGAGCCUCUUCGACUUCCUGAUGCCCGGCUUCCUCGGUACCGAGUCGUCCUUUAAUGAGCGUUUCAGCAAGCCGAUCCUCUCCAAUCGUGAUGGCAAAGCGAAGACAGGCGAAGCGGCUGCGCUCGCACUCGAGGCCCUGCACAAACAAGUCCUUCCCUUCCUGCUUCGGCGGCUCAAGGAAGACGUCCUCAACGACCUUCCCCCGAAGAUCAUUCAGGACUACUACUGUGAGCUGUCUGAGCUGCAGAAGUUCCUGUACGACGACUUUUCCAAGUCGAGCGCGAAGAUGGAGGUCGACGACGUCGUCCGGUCGCACAAGGAGAAGGACGGCGAGCAGCAGCACAUCUUCCAGUCAUUGCAGUACCUCCGGAAGCUCUGCAACCACCCUGCGCUCGUCCUCAAGAGUGACAAGCAGGCGAUUAAGGAGGCCCUUGCGAACUGCGGUGCUCAUUCAUCGACCGGUGACCUCAGCGACAUCCAACAUGCCCCCAAGCUGCUUGCGCUUCGCCAACUUCUCGUCGACUGCGGUAUCGGUAUCGCGGCUGGCGCAACCGGUGACGCGACAAAGUCCGAACUCGUCGACACCGACGAGACCGGCCACGGCGCGUUCUCGCAACACCGCGUGCUCAUCUUCUGCCAGAUGAAGCAGAUGCUCGACAUCAUCGAGACGGACCUCUUCAAGCAGCACAUGCCCGCGGUGACGUACAUGCGGCUUGACGGUGGGACGGAUCCCAAGAAGCGUCACGCGAUCGUGCAGACCUUCAACGCGGACCCGAGUAUUGACUGCCUCCUGCUGACGACACAUGUUGGUGGGCUGGGCCUCACGCUCACUGGGGCGGACACGGUCAUCUUCGUCGAGCACGACUGGAACCCGAUGAAGGACCUCCAGGCUAUGGAUCGUGCGCAUCGUAUCGGGCAGAAGAAGGUCGUCAACGUGUACCGUCUUAUCACCAAGGGCACUCUGGAAGAGAAGAUCAUGGGCUUACAGCGCUUCAAGCUCAACAUCGCGAACUCGGUCGUUACUCAGCAGAAUGCGGGCCUGUCAUCGAUGGACACGGACCUCGUUCUGGACCUCUUCAAGCGCACAUCAGAAGAGGAGGACGCGGCCGCCGCCGCGAAAAAGAAGGAGAAGGACCCGAGCGCGCCCCCGGGCGCGAAGAACGUCCUGCGCGGGCUGGAGGACCUCCCGCCCGAGGAGGAGUACCAGGAGCUGGACGUGAAGAGCUUCAUGAGCUCGCUGGGCGGGAAGCAGUAGUGCGCGCACCAUAUCUUAUUCGUUCAUCGUUUGCAACGCUUUCGGACCGUCGCCACGGAUUAGACCAACGAACCGGUAGACCCAAUGUAUUCUGUAGCUGUACUCCCCCAAUAGUUGUAUAAUACAGUAUAAUCGCCCCCGUCCGCCCUGGCCUACGCGCUACUUAGAGUUAGUUGUAACUUGCCAGAUUUGUAGCUGUGUACUCAUGCAUGUCGUGGAGAUGCCACUUUCUCGAAAGCUCUGUUUAAAUUGU